CGGUCAUUCGACAUUCUCGACUCUCGGCACACACCCAUCUCACUCUCACAGCGACAUCGCCGCAACAGCCGUGCCCUGUAGAGUUGUACAUCACUCCCCCCCACCCCACACCGCCAGUUACAACCUCCAUCAACGAACGACCCAAACACACAACUUUCGAACAUGGCAACACCAGUACGACGCUACCCAGCUUCCCUAUCACACAACGCCUCUGGCCCAUCACGGCCUCCCCGCCCAUCUUCCCAACCCCAGUCCUCCAUCGACGACGAGGUUCCGGCACCACCAGAUCAGCUUCCUCCCGUCCAACCUCUCCCAGAACUCGCAUCGCUCGAACUCCUCCUACAGCAAGCUGGGUACAAGGAGACCCGCGUCUUCACCCCAGAGAAUGAGCGGGUCCGUCGGCGACUAAAACACGAUUUUGACGAAGACUCGGCCGCCGAGCUAGCCCACCUCUACUCGAGUAUGGGGUUAGAUCCUCGCGGUCCGAUGCAAGUUCAACACCUCACAAAACCUGGCCCUUACCGUUCAAGCAGCAGCGUACUACGCAGCGUGGUGCUUCAAGAUGCAAGCAGCGCUAUCAACGAAAAGAGGCGUGAUAUCGACCCGGCGGCUGACGCCAGCCCUGAGGCCGCACAGUCGUGGUGGUCAUCCACCCUGCUUGGCCGUGCCGCACAGACGGUUGGCAAGGGUAUCGCGUCCAUGAGCCCGCCAAACGACCAGGGUUCGUUAGAAGCUUCGACUGUCGGGCUCGGACUAGCAAGAGGUGGUCAAUUUGUGCGCAAGACGAAAUCCAACUGGGAGCUCGGGCUCCCUCAUUCAGUGUCGCCUCCACAGCAGGAAGACAUACCGCCCCGGCGCGUCGAGACGCUUCAGUUCUCCAAGAAGGAAGAGUUACCGCCAGUCGCUCCGCGUUCAAGAGUCCCGACCGCCUUUGCCGAUCCCCCACCGUCAAUCGCCGCCCUGUUCUCGCCGCCAGAGGAGAAUGUUGCGCAGUUCGAGGACAACAUGUUCGACGACGAUGCGUUUGGUUUCAGCCCGUUACCAAGCGACUACGAAGCCCAGGAGGACGAGGACAUGUACGCCGGGUACGACGUCGACGACUUUGAUGGCUACGAGUCUUCCUCGACGCUCAGUGCCAGCCCUCCGAUUGCCGCCCCUUGCGCCGAGGUCGAACGGCCCAUGGUCGACUUGGUGUCCCCUGCCACGACCUUUGAUGACGAGACGUUAGCGGAUCCCGAUGAGAUUCUUCAGGCGGAGCGUGAGGCUGCGGCUAUUGGCAAGCGCAUCCUGGCAGCUACAGUCGAGUACGACGACGAUGAUUCCGACGAGGAAGUCGACUUGUUCCCGCCUCCUAGGGCCCCGGUGUUUACGGCCCCAGCGCCAGCCGUUGUGCGUUCACAGAUUCCGAUCGUUGAGAUCGAGCCUCCCUCGCCACCAAGGGACAUCGCGAGUGAGCGUAUUGCCCAGGCAAUGGCCGAGAUCCUCUCCGACCCCCCGGCCCCUCAAGCAGUGGUCGAGCCCGUUGUCGUUGAACGCUCCGCCAAGCUUCGUGCGGCCCAGUCGACGCCGGCACUGGGGCGAGCCUCGGGCCAGCGUUCUGCCAUCUCUUCUCGUCGCCCGCCCUUCCGCAUCACGCCCGUUGCUGUGGCCGCACCUACUUUACAGCGACGAUCGCCUGUCAUUUGCGACUCGGUUUCCAACGAUGCCGAGGACCUUCCGCCACUGCCCCCUGCUCCGGCAGCGCCAAUCCAGAGCAACUUUUCGUCGAUUGCCUUGCGUGCCCGCAAGUCUCUGACAGCACUACGAGCUGCCUUCUGGGCGGAACCGGUACCGGCUCUGGAACCAACCGCCGCAGUCGACGACGAGAUUCCCCGCAACACGGCCACUCCGAUUCUGACACCCCGUCUUGAUUGGCAGAUGCAGGGCUCCCACUUUGCGGGUUGGAACUCGGACUCGGACAAGCCCAAGCAUUCGACGACCGAUUCCACAGACUCGACUGGAACUGUUCGCGAGCUUGGCGACCCAUUCGCGGACCAGCAUGUCGAGAUUGACUACACCAAGUCGUUCUUCUACAAGCCUGAGACUCCACCUCGCCCCAAUGACAAUGGCGGCAGUAGCAGUAGUGGCGGUUACCGGGCCGGACAGCCUCGCAAGCAGCGCUCUGUCAAGUCCCUCCGUGCCGCCCUUCUCAUCCCAGUUGCACCUCCUCCGCCGGUGCCUCCCCUCCCACCAGCGUACCGCAAGUCUGGUGGACGCGAUGGCACCCGCACCCCGCCUCGCGACAUCAACCGCCACUUAGUUGAACCCCCGGUCAUUGCUAUUCAUUCUCCUGGAGCCUGGGAGGAGGGCCGACCUGCUCGUCAGCUCAUCCUCGAGGGCGAGGAGUGGGAUGGCCACGACGUAGUUGCCAACUGGGGCUCGGGCGUCCGUCGCCGUAGCGGCAAGGGCAAGAGCAAGCGCUCCAAGGCCAGCAAGAGCCGUCUCUCAAACCAAGUUGCAUAG